AUGGAGUACUACCAAGGCAUCCUGUUUCUGACGACCAACCGUGCCGAGGACUUCGACCCGGCGUUUCUGAGCCGCAUCCACGUCACCGUGGAGUACCCGCCCUUGACGGCGGAGCGACGAGCGAACGUGUGGCGCAAUCUUGCGGAAAAAAUGAUGCGCGACAGCAGCCUAUCUGGCAAGGACGACGAAAUCUGGGCCACGCUGGGAAGAGACUACAUCAUGAACGGCCGGGAGAUCAAGAACGCGCUCCGCACGGCGCACUGUUUGGCCAAGGAGGAGAAUAAACCGCUCAAUCUCGCUGGGAUUCACAGAGUUCUGGAACUGAGUUCGAGAUUCCAGACCAGUACUACUGCGCGUGCGGGUGAAGUGAACUAG